AGCAGCCACCGGCACAAGUCCACCCCCAAAUCCACACGGAACAAGGGGCAAACCCUCCAUCCAUGGAUCAGCCCAAGCCGACGCCGUCGGCGGCCGCCUCGCCGGCGGGGGCGGACGCGGCGCCGAACCCGUACGCCUUCACGUGCGAGCUCCCCCACUCGAUCUACGCGCUGGCCUUCUCCCCCUCCGCGCCCGUCCUCGCCGCCGGGAGCUUCCUCGAGGACCUCCACAACCGCGUCUCCCUCCUCUGCUUCGACUCCGUCCACCCCACCGCCGCCUCCUUCCGCACCGUCCCCUCCCUCUCCUUCGACCACCCGUACCCGCCCACCAAGCUCCAGUUCAACCCGCGCGCCGCCUCCACGCCCCUCCUCGCCUCCUCCUCCGACGCCCUCCGCCUCUGGCACGCCCCCCUCGACGACCUCUCCGCCUCCGCCCCCGCCCCCGAGCUCCGCUCCGUCCUCGACAACCGCAAGGCCUCCGCCUCGGAGUUCUGCGCGCCCCUCACCUCCUUCGACUGGAACGAGAUCGAGCCCCGCCGCAUCGGGACCGCCUCCAUCGACACCACCUGCACCGUCUGGGACAUCGAGCGCGGCGUCGUCGAGACGCAGCUCAUCGCGCACGACAAGGCCGUGCACGACAUCGCCUGGGGGGAGGCCGGCGUCUUUGCCUCCGUCUCCGCCGAUGGCUCCGUCCGCGUCUUUGAUCUCCGGGACAAGGAGCACUCCACCAUCGUCUACGAGAGCCCCCGCCCGGACACGCCACUGCUCAGGCUAGCAUGGAACCGCUAUGACCUAAGAUACAUGGCCGCCCUGCUCAUGGACAGCAGCGCCGUCGUUGUGCUCGACAUACGUGCACCCGGCGUGCCUGUGGCUGAGCUACAUCGGCAUGGGGGAUGCGUGAACGCUGUUGCGUGGGCACCGCAGGCUACAAGACACCUCUGCUCGGCAGGGGACGACGGGCAGGCACUCAUCUGGGAGCUGCCUGAGGCACCGGCAGCAGUGCCUCCCGAAGGGAUUGAUCCAGUUCUUGUUUAUGAUGCGGGCGCUGAGAUAAACCAGCUGCAGUGGGUGGCCGGACACCCGGACUGGAUGGGCAUUUCCAUUGAGAACAAGGUCCAGCUUCUCCGGGUCUGACAAGAACAUUUCUGAAGAAAGCUCGUUCAAACUAUCUGACAUAUUUGGUACGCCAUUGACAACGAAAAAAUCAUGCUGCUUCCUCUUCUGGGCCACCCUUAGCUACCAAGGAAUGAUUUGUUGUCGGCAUCGGCCUCGCUGUUUGAGCCUGGUGUGAGUAGAUUGAUCUCACCGUGAACAUGGAAAUGUAGUCUAUAGCAUCUGGCUAGUGUUAGUGAAGGGAUUUGGAGGUUGGCUCUAGUCAAGUAGUCACUCGUUGCUCCGGGCUUCCUAGUGUUUUCCAUUACUCUCCUUUUCUCUUUUCUUUCAGAUGGCCACAGUUUUCUGUAAUCUCUUUGGUCCUCUGUUCAUACUCGGGUUGUAUAUCGUGAAAUUUAUUUUCGAACCGAA